UCGACGGGCACGCUGGAAGAACACGAAACCAUGGAAGGUGACGGAGGCAACAAUCAAACAAACCUCAUCAUCAACUACCUUCCGCAGAACCUGACAGAUGAAGAGUUUCGGGGAAUUUUUACCAGCAUUGGUCCCAUUAGGUCUUCGAAGAUAGUGCGCCACAAGGCAUCCGGCUACAGCUAUGGCUUUGGAUUUGUCGACUAUCAGAGAGCAGGCGACGCAGCGCGGGCGGUCGAGUCGCUCAAUGGUUUUGAGCUGCAGAACAAGAAGAUCAAGGUGGCAUACGCUAGACCGAGUGGCCAGACCAUCAAGCGCGCCAACCUCUACAUUCGUGGCAUCCCCAAGCACUUCCCACCUGAGGAGGUUGAGAAACUGUUUGCAGACUUCGGCCAGCUUAUUCAGUUUCGAGUGCUGAAGGACGACGACGGACUGAGUAACAAGGGGGUGGCGUUUGCUCUGUAUGAUCUGCGUAAAAAUGCUGAGGCUGCCAUGUCAGCCCUGAAUGGCCAGACACUUCCAGGCGCCACUGAGCCGCUUCUUAUUCAGUUCACUGUAGACAGGACCAAGAAGCUGCGACCUCCUGGGGGUCGGGGACCCCAUGGUCAGAAGACCGGGCCCUCGAGCACCAGUUGCGGAGGCCCCGUGUGCGGCGCUCAUGAUUGUUACUGUUACAGCCCAUCGACGGGCUUCCACCAGUACCCGACGGAAGACAUGGAUUUCGCUCCCAUAGCAGCCGACGCAGCUGGACAUGUACUCUUUGUCUACAACAUUGAUACCGAUACAGACGAAACUUCGCUGUGGCAACUUUUCACCCAGUAUGGCAUGGUGACCAGUGUGAACAUCAUCCGAGACAGAGCCGUGGGCCUCUCUAAAAAUUUUGGUUUCGUUACCAUGGCCAACUACCUGGACUGUGUGCGGGCCAUCGAGGCUUUAAAUGGUUUAUACUACACGGGCCGACCACUGCAAGUCUCCUUGAAGCAACCCAACUAG